AUGGAGCCCUGUCUCGUCGGUGAGUCGCUGAUCUUGGAUCCAUAUGAAAAUGCGGGCCAACAUGCAGGCAGCAUCAUCAGCUUCUGGUCCCUGUCCUUUCUGAUGCUCUUGCACUUGGGUGCGGUGGCCAGAAACAUCCGGAAGGAUGGGAAGACCCGUGCGGUUCCUGCGCUCCUCGCGAUCUUCUUCCUCUGCAGCUUCAUCUCCGGUAUUCUCCAGGCGGUGGCCCACAGCUUCAUCACUGGCACUGCACAGACUCACCUCCUGCUGACGGCCCGGUUGUGGCUGGGCUUCGCGGCGGGGAUCUUUCUGUUCCUGGGAGCCAGCAUGGGAGAAGCCCUGAUGCACGGCAGCCGCGACCUGGAUCCCCCCCGCAUCCUCACCUGGGUCCUCUUCGUGUUCGGGGCCGGCGCCUCGGUUUUUGCCAUGGCGCUGGCUUCCGAGGGCGAUGACUACGCGCAAGCCGCGGUGAUGAGCGCGGCGUGUCUGUGGGCCGACGCCUUCUGGAUCGCCAUGGGUCGCAAGAUGCGAAGGGAAGGUGCCAUCGAAAUGAGCCUCUUAUUGCCAAAGGUUGGCGGUCCGCUCCUGAUGGCUUUGGCCUUUUGGGUUCUGGCCCUCCUGGCACCCU